AUGGAUCUUCCAGGAGGACAUCUUGCUGUGGUGCUGUUCCUGUUUGUUCUGGUUUCCAUGUCCACUGAAAACAACAUUAUCAGGUGGUGCACAGUGUCUGAUGCUGAAGAUCAGAAGUGUUUGGAUUUAGCUGGAAAUGCCACAGCCAGGAACCUUCGCGGACAACUAGUGUGUGUGAGGGGCCAAAGUCCCACCGACUGCAUGAAGCAAAUUAAGAAUGGCACUGCAGAUGCCUCUACUAUGUAUGCCGAUGAAAUCUACACAGCUGGAUUUUGCUAUGGCUUAGAUGUGGCGGUUGGAGAAUCUUAUAACGGUGUGGACGGCAUUAAUUAUUAUGUAGUUGCUCUGGCACGGACGUCAUCCAGUGAUCUGUCACUGCUGGAGAUGCACGAGCGCAGCUCUUGUCACCCAGGGAUGAGGACUACAGUGGGCUGGACCGUCCCCAUCGGCUUCCUGGUCAACACAUCACAGAUUAGUGUGGAUGUGCAAUGCAACUUUCCCCACGCGGUCGGAGAUUUCUUUGGCUACAGCUGCGUCCCUGGCGUGAAGGACCCAGAACACGAUCCCAAAGGAAACAACCCAAGGAACCUGUGUGAGGCCUGCAUCGGGGACGAGAAUGACCGCCACAUUUGUGCCAACAACCCUCGAGAACGGCACUUUGGAGAGGCUGGAGCUCUGAGGUGUGUGGCAGAGAAUCUUGGCGAUGUUGCUUUUGUUAAGCACACUACAGUCUUUGACAACAUGCAGGGUAAGAACCAGGAGUCUUGGGCGCUGGACUUGGAGCUGGAAGACUUGAAGCUCUUGUGUCCUGACGGGAGUGAAGCGAACCUGUUCCAGCAUGAGAGCUGCCACCUGGCUGUAGUGCCAACCAAUGCCGUGGUAGUGCGUUUGGAGGACAAAUGCCGCGUUUACAAGUUCUUGGAACGUGUGCAGAACGCAUUUGGUAACACCACUGAAGGAUUUUCUCUGUUCAGCUCAGUGAAUUAUGGGCAGCCUGAUGUGCUGUUCAGCGAUUCCACCAAAAAGUUGCUCCGCGUCAUGGGGACCUACACUUCCUGGCUGGGACCCAGUUAUACCACCAUACUGAGGGCUUUUGAGUGUGAAGGUUUGUGUUGAUCUGAUGAGGAAAGGGGAAACUAUAGACCUGGC